UAGGUAAGCUUACGACGUUGCGGGCGUCGGGAUUACAUAGCGGAAUUACCAUGACGAGCGCUUGAUUAAACCAGCACGUUGUCUGGUGUCAUUGAAAGCCACAUGGCUAGGCAUGUAUGCAUGUCGACCUAGGUAGGUAUCCAUUGAUGUAGAAGAGGUAAGCCAGGCUCGAUGGUACAAUACUACCUAUGUAAGUUGGUGAGGUCUGUCUGGUCUUUGUCUCUCCCUCUAUUGCCUUACCUAUUACCCCUCCUUUGUCCGUCUCCCGAGCUUAGCAUAGCUCCUCCCUCCUCCUUCUUACUCGUGCUAUUAUACAAUACAGUUUCAUAACCAAGUCUUUGGUUCUUUUCGUGACUUGACUUAUAUCAGAGGGUGUGAAUAACCCCCUAGCUUCGGUCUGAAAGAAUGGCUUCACGUUCACUAAAGACAUUAGCCGCGACUCUUUCCCUCGCGGGCGGAGCCUUAGCCCAAUCCACUAACGAGACUGUCUGGUCUUCGUUUGCUUAUAUCUUGUAUGGAGAGCGUACGCCUUUACGCGGACAGCUCGAACCUAGCCUCACACCCCUAGGCGCACAGCAGCUCUACUCUCAGGGCUCGCUCUUUAGAUCGCGGUACUUAUCGAAUUCGAGCUUAUCGGACGAAGAUAAUGCUAUAACUACGAACUCGCCUAUCGCCGGCAUAGAGCGCCUGUCUCUGGAUAACUCGCAGCUUUCUCUCUACAGCACUGCGGAUGAUUAUGUAGUCGGCGGCGCCCUGGCUUUCAUGCAGGGCCUCUACCCGCCGGUUACGGGCACAUUCGCCUACGACAAUGGCGGUGUUAAUGCGUCUAGGCUGGCCAAUGGCACUAUGAUUGACUACCCUCUAAACGGCUAUCAAUAUCCUACAAUCUCGACAGUUACUCUUACAGACGUCAAUGCCGUUUGGCUAGAAGGGCAGGAAUCAUGUCCCGAGCAUGACACAUCGAUGUACCGCUUCAUGCGCAGCGACAUAAACCAGGAGAUGUACAACUCGACGCUCGAGUUCUACGAGAACCUGUGGCCGGAGGUGUUCCCGAACACCCUCGCCAACGCGAUGAUAAACUUCAACUACGCCUACGACCUGUACGACUACGCGCAGUACGCGUACGACCACGACUCGUCGAUCCGCGACGCCCUGGGCAGCGACAACCUGCGCUUCCUACGCCAGCUGGCCAACAUCCAGCAGUUCAACCUCAACGGCGACUUGACGGCGUCAGGGGCGCAGGAGGGGGACAUGAUCCGCGCGAUCGCGGGCCGCACGCUCGCCGGCAAGAUCGUCGCGCAGCUCUCGCAGCACAUCUCCUCCGGCAGCACGCAGAACAAGCUGUCGCUGGUCUUCGGCUCCUUCGAGCCCUUCCUCGCCUUCUUCGCGCUCUCCGACCUCGCCUACUCCUCCUCCUCCUCCACCGGCUUCACCCAGAUCCCCGACCCCGGCUCCGCCAUGGUCUUCGAGCUGUUCAGCACCGAGGGCAACCUCUCGUACCCGGACCGCGACGACCUCUGGGUCCGCUUCGUCUUCCGCAACGGCACCGACGCCGCCGCGCCGUUCACGGAGUACCCGCUGUUUGGGCGGGGCAACUCCGAGUCCCGCAUGCGCUGGGCGGACUUCCAGCAGGCGAUGGGAAACUUCUCGAUCCGCGACUUUGCUACCUGGUGCGACACGUGCUCCUCGCUCUCGCCCUUCUGCCACGCGUACGGCCGCGGCUCGUACAGCUCCGGCAGUGGCGGCAGCGGCGGCGGUAGUGGUGCCGGCAAUGCGGCACUGUCCCCGGCCGUCGCAGGCGUCAUCGGCGCCGUGAUCACGGUUGCGGUCCUCGGUCUCGCGGGCGUCACGGCGUUCGUCUUCGGCGGCAUCCGCGUGCGGCGCAAGAACGCGUUGGAUGCGAAACGCCGGAGCAGUAGCCUGGGCGGGUUCAAGGGCGCCGAGAAAAUGGCGAGCGACCACGAUGUCUCGGUCGCGAAGAGCGGCGCGAAGCAUGAGCGCGUCGGGAGCUGGGAGCUUGGCAGCGGUGGUGUUCGGGGCUCUGACGUGAAGUUCCCGCCGCCGGCUGCGGUUAAUGAGCAUGGCACUGGGUUUGGGCUUUCGGGGAAAAGUCGCCCGAGGGAUGAUGCGGAUGCGGAUAGUAUUACGGGACUUAGACCGGUGGAGCCUGUAGAGAGGGUUUAGACGAUCGG